AUGGGAAAACAGAAGGUCAUUUUGGAGAAACUGGCACGAACCUUUCAGAUCCGUCACGUGCUCCUCCGCCAGGCCCUGGCAGAAUGUCUGGGAACCCUCAUACUGGUGAUGUUUGGCUGUGGCGCCGUGGCACAGUUGGUGCUGAGCGGCGGCUCCCACGGCACAUUCCUCACCGUUAAUUUUGCCUUUGGAUUUGCCGCAACACUGGGCAUCCUCGUGAGCGGACAGGUCUCAGGUGGCCAUCUGAACCCGGCGGUGACCUUUGCCCUGUGCUUGCUUGGGCGAGAGCCUUGGACCAAGUUCCCCGUGUUUUUCUUCUUUCAGACUUUAGGAGCCUUCCUGGGUUCGGCACUUAUAUUUGGCAUGUAUUUUGAUGCAUUGUGGGACUACGGACAGGGGGAACUCAUUGUGGUGGGGAACAAUUCCACGGCCGGGAUUUUCGCCACAUAUCCAUCCAAACAUCUGACCCUGGUUAAUGGAUUCUUUGAUCAGAUUAUCGGGACAGCUGCACUGAUCGUGUGCAUCCUGGCUAUAGUCGAUCCAUACAACAACCCGGUCCCCAGAGGUCUGGAGGCCUUCACCGUCGGCUUGGUGGUGCUGGUCAUCGGACUCUCGAUGGGCUUCAACUCAGGCUAUGCCGUCAACCCAGCCCGGGACCUGGGACCACGCAUCUUUACAGCUGUGGCCGGCUGGGGUGCUGAGGUUUUCAUAGCAAGAGAAUACUGGUUCUUCGUGCCCGUCUGCGCCCCCUUCUUGGGUGCAGUGAUGGGGGUGGUUUUGUACCAGCUAAUGGUGGGAUACCACGUAGAGGGGGAGGCACGAGAGAAGCACGAAGAGGAAAAGCUCAGACGUUCCAGUGUUACAACCAAAGUAGAUGCAUGA